AUGGAGAUGAUGAACCUGAACCAGAUUUUAUUUCCUUUCUUCGCCAUCUGUGUCCUGAUUGGUUCCUUUCAAUGUUUGGUUGACACCAAGACACCCAGAGGACAUCUACAACCAUUCGGCUCACACGCAGACCCAUCAGUCAUCACUGACGAAUUGGAUACUGUUCCAAAUUCACUCAAAUUUUAUGAGAAUUAUGUAAAACCACAAAAACCGGUAGUUUUCCGAGGAGCUGCAAAACAAUCCAGGGCAUACCACGAGUGGACGGAAGAAUAUUUAAUAAAUGAGUAUGGGGAUUUAACAGUUCGUUUAGAAGCCAGACAUGAGGGAAACAAAGAUAUACCCCCAGGGGAAGGUGGUCUGCUCGGACGAGAUACAGUCAAACAUUUUAUUGAAAACUAUCAGAAUAUUGAUGGUUAUAUAAUAUCACAAGUGCCCGGACCAAUGGAAAGAGACGUAUCAAUACCGCCAUGUUUGUUGUGCGGGACAUUUACCAAUGGAAUACAGGAAGUUCAUUUAUUUUUGAGUGCUGGUGGCGGCAAAACAUUAGUUCAUCAGGAUCCAUAUGAGAAUAUUCAUUGUGUCUUCAACGGAACAAAAAAAUGGAUACUAGUACACCCUGAUCAGACUGAUUUGAUAUAUUUAUCACCAAGUUCUUUGGAAGAGUUCGGUGGAUACUCUUUGAUCGACGUGGAUGCUGUGGAUUUGAUAAAAUAUCCAAAAAUUCAGCAAGUCAAGUACGCCAUUCUGACGCUAAAUAAAGGGGAUUGUAUUUAUAUGCCCAGCGGUUAUCUUCAUCAAGUUCGUUCAAAUGGUCUUAUGAAUUCAGCCGUUGCAAUAUGGUUUUCAUUUUUCACCAAAAGUCAUCCAUUUGAAGGCGCUGAUUGCAAUAAAGAUCUGGAGUUCAAACCGAUGAGUGAAGUAGAUGUGUUGUGGAAAUUUGAUGGUUAUAAUGAUUUACAACAGGGACAUAUGGAUAUUUAUGUUCUCAAAACGGUUUUAUUGACAUCUGCUGAUAAAAAUGGACAAAUCUGGUUAGAUAAAUUCACCAAACAUUUCAUACAGUUUGAAGAUGAAGAUGAGGAUACAGCAGAUUACUGUGAUAAUAUAAGGCACCAGUUCUGUGACAUACUUGAUCCUAAUGGUAGAGGGUAUGUAACCGUUGGUGAAGUCAAAGAAUUAUCAAUAGAUAUGCUGAAAAAACUUUUAUUGACUUUUGACCCAACUGAUGUAUCCAAUACUGUUGAGUUUGAAUACAGUCACAUUGCAGCCAAUGAUAUUAUUAAACUGGCUACACAUUUGGCGACAAUUGGACCAGACCCUGGUUUCCAUGGCGAUGAGUUCAUAAAUAGAUAUGUAACUGAUAUUGGUGGAACUCCUGAAAAAGCUAAAGAGAUUUUGACUGGUCUGGGUGCUGAUGAGACAGGAUUGGUUACCAUGGAGAUGGUACAGAAAAACAUUGGUAAAGCUGUGGAGAAGUUUAAGACAGCAAGACACCAUGAUCCAACUGUUGAGCAUUUGUGGUUUGAACAUUUGAAAAAACAUGGAGAGCUAGAAUAAUUCAUAAUGUGAAGUUAGCAUAAUUAUUGUUUUGAAUUAUAAUAUAGUUGCAGGGUACAGAGAUUAUUUUGUUAU